AUGGUUUCUAAUUCUGCUUCUUCGGUCUUGAAGCCCUACACACCGCCGCCGCAGACGACGGAGAAUCUGAGUUGGGCAGACCUCGAGGGACUGGAUAUUUCCUUACUCGAUAAACCCGGCGGGAAAGAAGUCCUAGCAGGGCAAGUACUGAGGUUCAUCAAUACAAAUGGAUUCUUCUACGUAACCAACCACGGCCUCACAGACGAGCAAAUCAAUCGACAAUAUGCUAUUGCGGACGCUCUUUUCGAGCUUCCUCUCGAAGAGAAAAUGAAGUAUCUAAGUAAUACUGCGGCAGGUGACUUCAGGGGAUACAAGCCACGUGCAACGGGCGAACUGAGUUCACGAGAUAAUGAUGAACGCUACAAUAUUCCCAAAUUUACCAAGGAGCAUGAGCGGGAACAUCCCCAGUUGAUAAAGGACUAUUAUGAAGAGAUCAAGGAGUUCUCCUUGCACAUCCACGACAAAAUUCUCCUACCCCUGCUCCGCUUAUUUGCCUAUGUUCUCGAGGUAGACGACGAAGCUCUGGUACAGCGCCAUCGGUACGAGGAAAAUGGACUUGAGUACUUGAGAUAUAUGAAGUACCACCCACGAUCAGCCGAGGAGGAUGCCAAGGUGGGCAACAUCUGGGCCAAGGGUCAUACAGACUACAACACCCUAACUUUCCUCUUCCACCAACCAGUCGCAGGUCUACAGGUACUCCAGAACCCCGACGAUAACAAUUCGUGGAGAUACGUCAAGUCCGAGCCUGGAGCCAUAAUUGUCAAUAUUGCGGAUGCACUUGAGUACUUGAGUGGCGGCUUCUUGAAAUCGACGGUGCAUCGCGUCGUGCGACCACCUGUUGAUCAAGCAGAGAAACCGAGAUUGAGCCUGAUUUAUUUCGCGAGACCAGAGGCUGCAGUUCGCAUGGAACCUCUGCAGAGUCCGCUGUUCCAGAGGCUAGGUAUUCAAGUGCCUGAGCAUUACCUGAAGGCACUUGAAGGUGUCACGGCAGAAGAAUGGGCUCGUGCCAGGAUCGCAAAGGACCACCGUUUCAGAACUGGAAUUGUCAAUGAACCAGAGAGGGAGAUCCUGGCAGGUGUGCCGCAGAAAUAUUAUGACUGA